GGGGUGGGGCAGUGGCCCGGCCCCGCGCGGGGCACGCCGGGAAGAUGGAGAACUUCUCGGCGCUGUUCGGCGGGGCCGAGCCGCCGCCCGCCGCUACCGCCGCCGCCCUUGGCUUCGGGCCCACCAAGGCGCCAGGCGCCGGGGCCGCACCGCCCCCCACCGCCGCCGCGCCGCCGCCGGGCGAGGACGCGGCCCGCAAGGCCGCCUCCGGCCCCUUCUACCUGCUGCGGGAGCUACCAGGCACCACGGAGCUGACAGGCAGCACCAACCUGAUCACGCACUACAACUUGGAGCACGCCUACAACAAGUUCUGCGGCAAGAAGGUGAAGGAGAAGCUCAGCAACUUCCUCCCCGACCUGCCCGGCAUGAUCGACCUGCCCGGCUCCCAUGACAACAGCAGCCUGCGCUCCCUCAUUGAGAAGCCCCCCAUCUGCGGCAGCUCCUUCACCCCCCUCACUGGCACCAUGCUGACAGGCUUCCGCCUCCACGCUGGCCCGCUGCCUGAGCAGUGCCGGCUGAUGCACAUCCAGCCGCCCAAGAAGAAGAAUAAGCACAAGCACAAGCAGAGCCGCACCCAAGAUCCCGUCCCCCCAGAAACCCCCUCAGACUCUGACCACAAGAAGAAAAAGAAGAAAAAAGAGGAGGAUCCAGAACGGAAGAGGAAGAAGAAAGAGAAGAAGAAAAAGAAGAACCGGCACAGCCCGGAGCACCCGGGGGUGGGCAGCUCCCAGGCCAGCAGCAGCAGCAGCUUGCGGUGAGGCCACACCAGCACCGCCCCAGGGAUCCCCCAGCCACAGGAACAGCCCUGGCUGACCUUGGAGGGACUCAUCCUUCCCGUGGUGCUCGGCAGGGGGUCUCGGGCUGGCCUGUCCCCCUGCCCCAGCAGAGGACGCUCCUGCAGCCCCGUGCUUGAGUUGUGCAGCCAGCUGGGACCAGGGGAAACAGACUCUGCUGGUGCUGGGGUUGCUGACCUUGGCCUUUUAUACAAAACAACCUGGUGCAUCGGGGCCUCUCUUUUUUAGUCACCUUUUAAUUAAAGUCUGUGCUCUGA